AGCAUCCCAGACUCCGGGCACAAGUACUACCUGCAGUUCACCACUGAAGACUACAAAAGCGGGGAAGAUGCGGGGAGCUGCCUGGCUACGGUGUUGUAUCCGAGGAAGAAGAAGUCUCCGCCUGUGGUCAGCAUCAAGUGCACCCAUACCAAAGACCAGAAGAAAAUCCAAGGAGAGGACAGCAGACUUUACCAAAAAUUCAGGCGCCAAACCAAACCAAUAAUUGGAAACAAUAUUCCAGACAGCUAUGGAAACAUUGAACCUGCCCUGGAGCCAGUGUGGGCUCUGGCUGUCGCUGGCAGCAGUUACAUCAUGUGGGAAAAGUCAACAGAGAAUUUGGGUUACUUCAUGGCACAAGUCAAGUCUGUGAAGCAGUGGAUAAGGAAAGAUGAUUUCGUUGAGUUUGACUACACUGUCCUGCUCCAUGAAAUCCCAACUCAGGAGAUUAUUUCAUGCCACAUGCGCCUCACUUGGCUUCCUGGUCACCCUCUGAAAGUGAAAUACUUCUGCGCUUCGGAGAAUCAGGGGCUCGAAGAUGGAUCUGGAGUGGAAUCUGGAUCAGCUGCUGGGAUUUUACCUGAAAGGGGAGCAAAUUUUUGA